CACCACUCACAUGGCCCCGCGCCCAGCAACGCCCACUUCCUCUUUCCAUCGCGUCAAUACUCAGCUGUAUGCACCACGAUGCAGCUCUACGAGCAGUCCAACGAAAUAGACACAAACAGCGGAAAAUCUGGGAAAUGGCGCGCGACGAUCUCGCCAUCGCCUGGCUAGACUGGCCCCAAGUGCAAGCCGCCCACCUGUUUACGCGUGGCUUCCGACGCCCACUAGUCUGAUCCUAACCGUGUUUACCAAGACCACGCCGCUUUCCGAAAUGAUUUGAGCUGCGAGGCUGAUUGCCGCCUGCAUCCUUCCCGCGGACAAGCUGCCUUUAUAAUAUGCAGGCGAGCCCGCCGCUCUGGGACGGCUCUUUUCUCCCUGGACGCUGGGAGAGUUCCGCCUCAGCCUUGUGCGUGCACCCCUGAUCCUUCACUGUUACGAUGCGAUCUCUGGGCGUGGUUACGCUCGCUGUGAGCGCCUUGUCGGCGUUGCCUUUCGUUCUUGCGCAGGACUCGGUUUCAUAUGACAUCGAGACAUAUGGGACGGAUGAUCCGUCCGGCACGCCUUUUCAGACGUACCAGUCGAAUGGCGAUAUCAAGCCGCCGCAGAUCCAUAUCAAUUCGAACCAGAGUGGGUUGGCCGAGGGCUUCGUGUUUAUUGGAGUCGAUGGACAGCCUACUUCUGGGCAGAACUUCCCGACUAUAUUCGACAUGUCAGAGGACAGAAUGGGCACAUUGGUCUGGACGGGCAAUUACACCGAGCCCUUCGACUUCAAAGCUCAAACCUACAAGGGACAGCCAGUACUUACAUUCAUGAUUGGUGAGCUGCUGAACGGAUACGGCCAUGGCUCCUUCUACGUCCUCAACCAGUCGUACGUCGAAAUUGCUCACUUUUCUCCCGUCGGCUAUGAGAAUCUGGGGGACAUCCACGAGUUCACCAUCACGUCGGACGACACAGCGCUGGUCCUCGUAUACACCCCUAAGCAAGCCGACCUGUCCGAGCUUGGCGGUGCUGAGGACGGCUGGAUAUUCGAGAACAUCUUCCAGGAGGUCAACAUUGAGACAGGCGAACUCGUCUUCGAAUGGAACGCCAGCACUCACGUCGGUUUGAACGAAUCGUACAAUAGCAUCCAGGACGUGGGUACGGAGGCGUCGCCCUUCGACUAUUUCCACAUCAACUCCGUCGAAAAGGACGCAAAUGGCGACUACCUUGUCUCGGCGCGCGUUAUGGACUGCGUUUACAAGAUAUCCAAGGAUGACGGCCAUAUCAUCUGGCGCCUGCAUGGCAAGCAGUCCGACUUCGACGUUGAGGAUGCUGUGAACUUUGCCUUCCAACACGACGCACGCUGGGUUGAUGAUGACCAAACGCGCAUGACUCUCUUCGACAACGGUCCCACAGACGAGAUCGGCUAUUCUCGCGGACUGCUUCUCGCCGUGGACCAAGAUGCAAUGACGGUUAGACUGAUCAAUCAAUUCUACAACGCAGCCCAGACUUUCGCCCAGUUCGAGGGCAGUCUGCAGGCCAUCGAUCCUAGUGACGAGAACACGAACUACUUCUUAGGCUACGGCAAUCAGCCUUAUUUUGCAGAGUUUGAUAAGGAUGGCAAUAUUCUCCUCGAUGCCCAGUUUGGCGCCACCAAUACCGUCAACUCGUACCGAGCAUUCAAACUCCCGUGGCAGGGGAAGCCCCUGACGAAGCCGGACAUUCACUAUGACAAAGACGGCAACAAAGCCUAUUUCUCCUGGAAUGGCGCUACGGAUGUUGAGAAUUGGAUCGUGUUCACAGCCAAUGCCACCGACUCUACCACGUGGUACAAUGUGACUUCGGCCAGACGUACGGGCUUCGAAACCACGAUCGAUCUAACGGACAUCAAACUCGAGACUUAUGUCCGUGCGAAAGCCGUCAACAGCACUGGUGGCAAGUUGGGCUGGACUAAAGCUAGUGACGGCACUUCGCUGUACGAUGCUUCAGAUGACGUGCAGGAGGAUUCUAACAAUUCGACUUCGACUUCGACCAGCACCGGCACCAGCACCACCGCCGCUCCCACAAGUUCGAGCGCAACUGCGGCUGCGCCGUCGAGCUCCACGACUGGAGCGGCUGUGAGGGCAGCGCAGAGAGUGAUUGAGCAGGUGUACGUCGUUGCGGUUGUGGUUGUGGGAGGUCUGGCGCUUGCCUGAUUCUGAAGACGAUAAAGCUGGAUAUACCCAUGACUGAAUGUACAUAAGGACGCGUAGGAGGCAGUAAUCCUAAUGCUAAUGCUGAAUGGGAAACUUUGCGCUACACCUGUAAGCGGGCACACCUUUGUCGAGGUGAAUCAAUUGAAAGCGAAGAGUAUGCUCUUGGAGAGCAGUCAUUCAUGAAAGCAAGAAUAGAGUCCGGCUUAAACGUAGUGGCGCAGUGCGGACACGCGCCACUC